CUAACCAUAUAUAAUUCAUCAAAGUGAAUUUAUGCCUAUCACAAUCUUAUUCGUUUCUUUCAAAAGUGUCCAGUAUUAUUUUUAUUGGUCUUCAAUUUUCAAUAACAUAAUUAAAAAUAAAAGGUUGUAUUACUGGGUAUUUAUCAUCAAAAUAUUUUUAACUCGCGACUGGCCGACUGCUUAGAGUUAGUCAUAGAAGGAGAGUUACGUGUUUCGUUCUAACAGAAUCGAUAAUGAACAUGAAUGUACUACUAUUCGAACUUCAUCAAUUCGUUAUAUGAAUAUUACGUAGGAAUGAUUGACACAGACAACUUCAAUGCAGAAAUGCAUCUGAAUAAGUUACAACUGUCAGAAGACAUAAUCGACGGUUAUACAGGAGAAUCUUUCAUUUUUUAUAUAUAGAUCUUAGCUUAUAAAUCGUAUUCUCUCCAUAUUAAAGUUCAAUGUGAUCGAAUAUCAGAGAAUCAGAAGGAAACUCUAGCAAGUCUGUAUACGUCAGAAUAUGUUACUAAAAUGUUUACUCGUAUUAAAAUUAAUUACAAUUUGCUUAUCGUACGAAAAUGAGUUCAUCGUCGAUUACUAUAAGCACAAAGAAAUAUCGAGGAUCGUCGGAUUUUUCUGUGGAAAUACAACUAGAAUGUUUAAAUUAAUAAACAAAUUCAAUAAUUUGGAAAUUUCCGCCGCGAUGCCUUUAUUAACUAUGGAUUUUAACGUGGAGAAAUUAAAAACAAGUUACUGGAAAAUUGGAAUCAUCUUAGAUUUACGAUGUCAAAAUAAAAAUUUUGCUGGCUUCAUGUCCGAGACUGCAGGACAUUAUACCUAUACAAACUUAUACAAUUGGCUGAUUCUUGGAGAAAGUCUUGACAGUGUGUUGCCUCGUUUAAAUGACAGUACCUACAGUGUGGUAACUGAUCUUGUGAUAGCAACUCCAAUACUAGACGGUUACGUACUCCAUGACGUUUACAAUCCUUCGAAAUACCACGGUGGAUCAUUGAACGUCACGGAGCUUGGCGACUGGCAUAGAAGUUCAGGCUUGAAUAUUACACUGACACACAGUAAAUUUAAUAGACGUGCAAACUAUCAUGGAAUGAUUCUGAGAGUUCUUACUGUGACGCAGUUUAAACCGAACAAUACUCGACUGGAGGAUUAUUUAGAAGAUUAUUCAAACAAGUCAAUCGAUCUUAUGUCCAAAUUUGUUUAUCCCCUGAUGCAACAUUUAUGUGAUAUUUUUAAUUUCACGAUGGACCUCUCUACAGACUUUUAUUGGGACGAAAUCGCAGAAAAUGGAUCUCAUACAGGAAUGAUGGGCAUGUUAAAUCGUGGAUUUGCCGACAUAACAGGAAGUCCUGGGGCCAUUAAUCAAAAGAGAUUUCCAUUGGGUGAAUUAGUCAUGCCAAUUUGGAAUUUUCGGACAUGCUUCUUCUUCUUAUCUUCACCGUUGAGAUCAACAAAUGAAUUGCUACAACCAUUUUCCACUGGUUCUUGGUAUGCUACUGGAGCCCUAACCAUACUGAUCGCUUUGAUUCUUUCUAUAUCAUUGGCUUUCGAGAAAAUUGAUCAUUGGAUUCGGCAGUACGGAAUCGCUUUAUUUUCUACCAUAUGUAUACUCUGUCAACAAGGAUCCUCGGUGAUUCCGAACUUCUUGACUGGUCGCUUGGUGUUCCUGCAACUGUUAUUCUUUAGUCUACUAAUUUUCAAUUAUUAUUCCGCUUGUAUUGUUUCGGUUCGCUUAAAUCAACCAUUGGAUAAGAUAAACGAUUCGCUUAAUGAACUUGCUGAAAGUAACAUGGAUAUUGCAGCCGAGCGUAUUGUUUACUAUGAUUAUCUACUGGAGACAUCCACAGAUUGGGAAGUGCAAAUGCUGAAGGAGAAACGUUGGUCAAAGAUGUCGGAUGCUAAAAAAUAUUUACCACUAGAAGAGGGUUUGAAACGUAUUACUCGUGGUGGUUUUGCUUACCAUUGCGACCCCAAUAGAGGAUAUCCUCUUAUGGAAAAAUUAUUCACUUCGGAAAUGAUAUGUAGACUGUCAGAAGUGCAUCUGUAUCACCCACAAGGACUGGGAGCAUGGGUGGGUCACCACAGUCCGUUUCGCGAAAUCGCAAGAGUCGGAUUAGCAAAGAUCAAUGAUAUGGGACUCAGAAAGCGACAGGCAAUUCGUUGGAGUGCAAGAAAACCAAUCUGUGUAAAUGUACAGCAAACCGUGAACAGUGUGACAUUCACUGAAAUAAAGGCGGCAAUUUUUUUACUAUUGCUGGGAGUUAUGCUGUCCCUCAUAAUAUGCCUGCUAGAGAAUAUCAUAUACAACUGGAAUACGAAGAAACGGUACGAGAGAGAUAAUUAAUUGUAAUAAAUUUUGAUCUGCAACUAAUUAAAGUUUAA